GACAUCAUUGUUGUCAUCACCUGCGUGUUGAGUGUGCCCAGCGCAAGCAAAUGCAUCGCUAUGCCACCGACAACCUUCAGGAGCAUCAGCAACUAUCCUCCCAGAUUCGACUACGUCGUGAAAAUGGCUAACGAGAGUUUCAACCCACCGAGCCAAGUUUUGGCCUUCUCGUUCCAGAUGGGCACCCUCAUCUACAACAUGACCUAUGCACACCGGCUGCCCGCCGAUGCUGUAUACGAGAACUGUAGCGGCUUCAUUCUCGGUGACAGUUCGCUGACUUGCGAACGUGAAGAGGAGAUCCUGACGGCUGAAAAUGCAGCCGGUAGCGUCGCUACAGUUCAAGGCAGAACUCUGUUCUACACCUAUGACACUGUGAAGACGAUGCGAGAAAAGGCCGAGUUCGUCAUGACUACGAACAAAAGGAGGGCCAACUUCACGUGGUUCCUGUUCAACGUGCACCUGACAGACAUCUCCAAAAAAUGUCAUCUCAACAGUCCUUUCGAGCGUCUCAGAGAAUUUAGGAAGUUCUACUACGAUAUCAGCCAGCGUGGACAGAGAAUGUGAAACUCUCAAUG